UGUUUUAGAUGCCUAGAAUACGCAAACGAAAGACUACAAGAGCACAGUGCAGCUUGAAUCAGUAUGAAGAUGCUUACAAAGAAACUAAACGCGGGACUUCUUUGCGACAAGCUGCGGAAAUGCAUGAUGUUAAUCGCAUGUCACUAUUAAGACCAAACCCUGAUACUGAAGACAAUAUUCCUGCAGUACCGUCACCUGGAAGAACUAGACCAAAUCCUGACACUGAAAAUAAUGCUUCUGCAAUACCAUCUCACACAACAAGCAGAACAGACACUGAAGAUAUUUCUCCUGCAGCACCAUCACCUGUAAUAAGCAGACCAAUCCCUGACAAUCAAGAGGAUGCUCCCAUAGCACCAUUUUUAGUAAAUAUUGCCAACCUUGACUGUAUUCAAGAAGAAAAUUUUGUUACUGAGAAUUUUGGACCUAAUAAUAAAAGUCCACCACUUUCACCUUCUAUAUUAGACAAUACACCAAGCCAAAAUUUUAGCAAUGUUCAACCAUCUACUUCUGCCAUACCAUCAGUUUUUUCUCCUGAAAUUGUUCGGCCCUUUCCAAAAGCUUCCCAAAGAAAAACGCGAGGACCUAGAACCAAGAAGUCUACGAUUUACACGGACACGCCUGAAAAAGAGGCAGUCAGGCAAGAAUAUGAAGCAAAAGAAAAACGACUGAAGGCAAAGGGCAUCAAAAAAAAUCUCAAUGAGCCGAAAGGAAAAGGAAAAGGUAAAGCAACGAAAAGGAAACAAUCACCGUCAAUAUCAGAUGAAGAAGAAUAUUUUUGUUUGGUGUGCCUUGGUCCAUAUUCUGAAAGUAGGCCUGGCGAAAAAUGGAUUAAAUGCCAAGGAAAGUGUAACCUUUGGGCCCAUGUAGACUGUACAGAUGGUAGUCGGUAUUAUAUUUGUCACAACUGUGAUGAGUCGGAUUAGAUUAGUUGUCAAACUUACUUUUAUAAAUUUUCACAUGCUACAUUUCUAAAAAAAUAUUUGAGUUCCUGUUUAAAAGAUUUUGUUAUGUUUUGAGUUUAGUUUCAAAAUAGAACAGAGAUUAAGUUCUAAUGUGAUUAUGAACAUGAUUAAUAUAUUAUAUUUGUUAAGUCCGCUUUAACUAAUUUUAAGUGCAGACUGUUAUAAAUACUUUAAGGUACUUAAAUAGUGGGUAUAGAUGAAGACUGACUGUACUAAUGAAGACUACUGAUUGUAACCAAAGAUCCUAUAGUGCCUUAUAUGUUGUAAGAAAUUAAAAUGUUCAAAGAUUUUAUUUCUUUUGUUAGGAAAGUAUAAUUUAGUUGAUUAUUAUAUAAAAAUAAAUAAAUAUUUUUUGCAAUUAAAGUGUUUUAUUGGCAUUUUAGAGUAUUUUUAUCUUAUUUUGUGAUCAUAUUACAGUAUUUUCAUCGUGUCACUAUUGACCC